UGUAACCUUCUGGACCCUGGCCGAGGAUAUCAAAUUGUCUAACUAACCUAGAACAAUGGCCCUUGAAACCUCUAAAACUCCUGAGUCCUAAAUGCUAACGCCCGAAUGUUGAUCGAACGAUUCAACGUAUCGUCUAAUGUUUCUUUCAUUCACUACAUCUGAAUAUUAUUUUUAGUUUACUGUCAAACGAGCUUCAAUAUUAAACCCUUUUAGUUUGAAUUUCCUUCUUGGAAGGGCCGUACAUCGCGAUCCGCGAUACGAAUUUUCAGCUACGCCUUUACCUUAACACUCGAUUCCCCACGUCCGAAAAUGGCGCGGCAUCUUUCCGUCGUCGUCAUCUUGGCGGUCGCGGUUUUCUUAGUCUUGUCUUUCAUGACGUCUUUCGGCGGGAAAACCGAGCAAAUACGACAGGUGUUACCUGCGGCGGGCUUGACCAAACAACCGUUAGGUGCUUCAGAUGCGAUCACAGCAGAUACGAAAGCACACCAAAAAAUAGACACGGCGCCAGAUAUGAAAGCAGACGUGAAAGCAGAUGCGAAAGCGAACGUAAUCUCAGACCCGAAAUCCGACUUCCCUUCACUGUCGAGCGGAAUCCUGUCAGGAGGCGCUAUUGCCCCGAAGCUCGAAAACGCCACCAUCAAAGCUGAACUCGGCCGUUCGACCUGGAAAUUCUUCCAUACUAUGAUGGCGCGUUUCCCCGAUAAGCCCACCGAAGACGACUCCCUCGCGCUUAAGACGUUCAUCCAACUAUUCGCACGCCUGUACCCAUGCGGCGACUGCGCGCGACAUUUCCAAAAACUUCUCGCCCAAUAUCCACCUCAGGUCAGUUCGCGCAGCGCGGCCGCGGGAUGGGCGUGCUUCGUACAUAACCAGGUUAAUGAGAGGCUGAAGAAGCCCAUCUUCGACUGUACUCCUGAGAAGCUCGGGGAUUUCUACGAAUGCGGUUGCGGGGAUGACAAAAAGGAGGGUGCAGACAGCAUAGGGGAGCUGAAGUUGGAGAAGGAAGGAUUGACUAAGGGUGGCUAAUUGUAUAAUUACACAAUAUCAAUACACUGUUUCUGGAAGCAUAGCGAUUGGGAGUUUUUGGUGGUUGGUUUUUGAUCUUAGAAUAGGAAAUAUUAAGCACUUUUGUGUUGGCUUUCCUCUCCCCUGGCAUGGAGAGCACACCGAAAAGACUAAAAAGACCUUAUCUUUUUGAUUGUAGUUUAUGUGCGUCUACAAUGUCUAGGAUAGCAAUAUGUUGUCUGUGGUAUCGCGCUUUAGAAUCUUGUUGUAUCGUAUGUCAACCUAUAAAUUCUAAUGCGCAAACAUCAAUUCUCAAAA